ACGGCCCUUGCGGGCUGCACAGUAGAGUAUACUACUACUACUUGCCUUCACUCAGUCACACACUACCUCAUUUAUUCAUUCACUCACAAAUCACAAGUGGCAACAUACUCCCUAUUUACUCACUCUCCAAUCUCAAUUCUCAAAUCCCAAAUCUCAAUGAACUCAAACAUAUAACUAAACUCAUUUCUUACUCUUUAUUUCCAUGGCUUCUACUCAAUCUUACAACAUUUCUUCCCUACUUUUUCUUAUCAUUUUACAAAUUUUUAACCCAACAUUUCAACAAUCUCAACCACCAUCUCCACAACUUAACAUAAUUGAUCGUAAUAUCCUUAUUCUCAUUAAGAACUCUCUUACUGAUCUUCCUCACUCAACUUUCUUCUCCACUUGGAACUUCUCCUCAUCUGAUCCUUGCACCGCCUUCUCCGGCCUUACUUGCUCUCUUACUACUCCCUCCACCCUCCGUGUCUCCACUCUCAACCUCGGCUCCGGUCAGUUCGGCUCCCUUGGUCUUGCCGGGACACUCCCCGAGUCUAUCACUCGACUCACUGAGUUAACUCAGCUUAUUCUCAACCCGGGCUUAGUCACUGGCCCCAUUCCGUCCGGGUUGGGAAACCUCGUCAACCUUCGGGUAAUUUCCUUGGCUCACAACCGCCUCUCUGGUCCCAUUCCUUCUUCUCUCACUCGUCUCCGCUGGCUUCACACUGUCGACCUUGGGUACAACCAGUUAACAGGCCGGAUCCCACCUACAUUACUCACUGAGUUGACUCAACUCCGAGUCCUCAUUCUCGCUAACAACCGUCUCAUCGGCGAGUUACCCGAGUCAACUCAGGAAUCCCAACUCCUCCACUUAGACCUUAAAACUAACCACCUUGAGGGUCCCAUUCCACCUACAUUACCGUUAAACCUCCGUUACCUAUCCCUCUCGCAAAACAAUCUGUGGGGCCCUAUAACCAACGGUUCAAUAGAGUCGUUAUCUCAACUAGAAUAUCUAGACCUCAGCCAAAAUCUAUUUAGUGGGCCUCUCCCUUCCUCUCUCCUCCGCCCUUCUCUCUCCUCUCUCCUCCUUCACCGGAAUAACUUCUCCGGCACAAUAACUGAUUCUUUUAUAAAAUAUCCCGAGGAAAGCGUGGUAGACCUCAGCCAUAAUUGCUUCUCAGGGAAACUCCCGGAAGCGGUUGCCGGAGCCACCAGCGUCUACCUUAACAACAACCGGUUCAGUGGGCCCGUCCUAGAGUCCUACAUACAAGAAUUAGAAGAAGGAAGGAUAAAAACUUUAUACCUUCAACACAACUUCCUAGAUGAGUUCCCCACAAGAAAGCAUGGAGUGUCAUUGCCAAAUGAAGUUGCAGUUUGCUUGUAUUACAAUUGUAUGGUCCCACCAGUAGGGAUUAGCGUGUGCCCUACAAGCGCCGGUGAUCAAGUAUCUCGUCCUGCCGAUCAAUGCUCGGUGUUUCAUAACAAUUAAUUAUCAUCAGACAUUUAAAUUACGGGUUCGAAAUUUAUUUUAAUAGAAUAUUUAACCUUUUGAUAUGAUAAAGAUAUAUACUCAUUCACACUUGCAGGUCGUGACGUCUAAAAUUAAUUUUAAGGUUUACCCAUUACUUUAAAUUUUUAGUUAACAUGAGUUCUUUCACAAUUUUUAGCUUCUUAUACAUGUAAACAAUUUUCAAUUAUACAUUGUAAUAGCCAUCAAACUUUUUUUUAAAUUUUUUUAUAUAAUAUAGUACUCUCUCG